CAAAAGGUAAUUUGAAAGUUGAAGAAAGAAGGAGCGCAUGAAGCAAAAAUGGGGGGCAAGUAAAACAAUGCCGCACACUCCGUUUUAUUAGGGUUUUUCUCCGUCGACAGCGCCACCAAAAUUCAUCAUCCCCAUCGCUUCGCUCGAAACCCCGUAAUCAUAGCAAUGGUUGAUGUUUGAUAUAUGAGUUGACAUUAUUAAAGAUUGAAGAAAGCAUAAAAAAGAAUAAUUUAGGCGUGUGACAAAAGAUAGCUAAAACGGGGUCUCUUUGUUGUGUGGCUGCUAGGCCACAUGGGUCAAAUGCAGUUAGCCAGGACUGGUCCAUGGGCCCACACGAACCCUACUGGCGAACCAACACCAGCUUCUCUCCUCCACCACCAAGAUGGGAUUUCCGAUUCCAUUCCGAAGUUGAAUCAUUCGAUUCCCAAGAAGGAAACCGUUUAUACGGUUCUUCUACAUCUUCAAACAGUAGAGAAAGUAGAAACUGGUUGAGAACAAAUUACUUACCAAAUCAUCGGCAUUCUAAUUCCGAUGGAAUUGGGGCUUUUUUUAGUACCCCAUCUGACUUAUCUCCAGCUCAGCAAUGGACUCCUCCAGCUAUACAAGAAAUCAACCUCCAUGAAAGAGUUUUGGUGCCAUUAUCAUUUUCUCCAACUUCUGAGGGACUAUCUGCUCCCCAUGAAAACAGAGCUUCAAUUUCUUCCAAUUCAGACAGUAGUGAUUUCACUGGUCGGGGUUGUUUCAUGUCCAAACCGGUCCAUCCAGUCAACUCCGGAAUUCAUGAUUCCGAUGACAGACACCGUUCCAGUUGCGAGUUUGAGUUUUCAGAUGUUUCAGAACCAAUUGAAUCCGAUUCUCUGGACAGAUUAAGUGAUAGUUUUGAUAAAUGUGGCUUCUGUGAGAGGUUUCUUUCACAGAGAUCACCGUGGAGUUCCCGCCAGAUUAUCAGAAGCGGAGAUUUUCCGGUGACCGGAGUUCUCUCCUGCCGCCAUGUCUACCAUGUAGAAUGUUUGGACCAAACAACACCAAAAACACACAAAGGUGAUCCUCCUUGUCCCAUUUGUUCUAAAUCUGAAUCUAAAAAAGAUUCUCCUGAUCAACGGGUUUUGUCAAAAUUGAAAAACGGGGUCCCAUGUAAUGCUAUGUUGUUGAUUAACCAAAAUCGGAUAAAAAAGGGGGUGUUGAUGAAGGGCAGCUCCGGCAAGGAGUUCGCCGGAAAACUUAAGGGUUUUUCACAAUGGGGUGGUGGUGGUGGUGGUGGUGAUGGGGUUGGAUCAUCAAAGUCAGCAUCAAGUUCAAGAAAGAAGCUAUGAAGUGGUAAUGGUAAUUUGUGUGUAUAUAACUACAAGCACAAAGGUUGGUGGUUUUGAUUUUUAACUUGUAGCAAGAGACCCAAAUUGUUCAUCUUGGGUUAAAAUUUUCCUUCUUUUGUAAUGGUAUGUAAAAUAUGAUAUCUAAUUUGCUGAUUUUUGGUAGUCAAGAUCACAUAGGUUGUGUUGUAUGUGAUAGGAG